CCGCUGGUAGUACGAGCAGUUUAUACGACAGCAAGUCAGUUCAACAAAGAAAAGAAAAUGAAACGUUUCGUCGCUCUGCUGGCACUCGUUGCCUUCGCAAAUGCCGGAACUGUGCCCAUUGAGAGCCAGUCCAUCUCCAGCACUGUGGUGGAUGUGAUUGAGGGCAUGAAGGAGCAGAUGCCUUGUGGUUUCCCCGCCGCGGGCAUUCCCCCAAUUGCACCCCUGCGCAUCAAUCACAAAGAUAUUGAUAUCAAUACCGAUGGUUUGAAGAUGAAGGGCAGCAUUGAUCACUUCCGUCUCAACGGUCUGAACGAUUUCGAUAUCACAGAGAUGAAAGUGAAUGCCAUCACCAGCAAGGUCACCUACAAGUUCAGCUUCCGUGAUGUGAAUGUGGACACCACCUACAACCUGGAAAUGAUGCUGAAGAAGUUCGGUUUCACUAUCAACAUGGUUGGUGCUGGUCAUGCUAAAUUCGCUCUUAAGGAUAUGGUUAUCUGGGGUACAAUGAGAUACUCUCUGGGUAUGUUGAGCGGCAAGUUGAAGCUGAAGUCUUUGGAGGUGCGCACUCACUUGGGCGAGGUUGAUUCUGAAAUCGAGGGUAUGCUGGGUGAUGGUGGUAUCAAUGAGAAGAUGAACGAAUAUUUGGCCGAGGCUGUCGAGAUGGCCAUCAAUGAGAAUGAGGAUCUGAUUGCCGAUACCAUUGAGUCUGUGGCUCUGCCAGUGGUCAACCAUGCUUUGGAGGAUGUCAGCAUUACCGAUAUGAUCAAUGGUGGUGAUGGCGGCGAUGGUGGCGAGAAGGAAGUCUGCAUUCCACCAGAGUUGGAAUGGUAAACAGUGCGUGUUUAACAUUUGCUCUAAAUAAAAGCUUUUUUAACAAAAACCAAA